AUGGCUGGUCGCUUCCCCGCACUCACCACUUCCAACCUUCCUCCCGCGACUCCACAGGAGAAGUCUGCCACCGCUUCACCGGCCCGCGGCUCCGCUAUGCUCAAUUCCAUCUUCAAGUCGGUGCGUGUCCCAGAGUUUCGCCACAAAUGGCAAUUCUGGGCAGAGAAGGGCGUGCAGCCGGGCUCGUCAUCCAAGUCCAGCGCCGCCGAAGACUACGCCAACCGCCCGAAGCCGCUCGGUGAGCCGAUCGUCUCCGUUAAGGAUUUCUACCAGCACUUCAAUAACAUCCCCCUCGAGGGCCUCAAGAUGCGUGACGCAAUCCAUCUCUUCCACGCGGGUGUCAAGCCGGUCUGGGAGGACCCACGCAACUCUCGCGGCGGCUCAUACUACUUCCGCGUCCCCAAGGAGCUCGCCCCCCAGUUCUGGCACGAGAUCUGUCUCCUUGCUGUCGGUGAUGUGCUCCAGGCCGCCGUCGAGACCAAGCGGGAGUCGUUCAACGACGAUAUCUGUGGGAUCUCCUACAGCAUGCGCUGGAACGCGGUUCAGAUCCUCGUCUGGACCCGCGACGCCGACAACGAGGCGGGCAAGGAGCGCCUAUUGGCUACAAUCGUGGACAAGAUCAGCGAGGAGCUGAAGCCCAAGAAUCAGAAAGACUACUGGUACAAGCCGCACAUCAUGCAUACGGAUUUCCAGCAGGACGCUGCUGCCCCUUCAGCACCCAAGACGACGGCGCCUACGGCUGAGUAG